AUGAGGGCCUACUACCUGCAUAAAGACAUUGCGCCCUCCGAGCUGCCCUCGACGCUCGCCAACGAUGUCCCCGAACCCAAGGCUUCCGAGGGCUCCAACGAGGUCCUCGUCGACGUCCACUCGGCCGCCUUCAACUUCUUCGACAUCCUCGCCGUCCAGGGCAAGUACCAGGUCAAGACGCCUCAUCCGUACGUGCCUGGUGUCGAGAUGGCCGGAAUCAUCUCCAAGGACUCCCCCAUUCCGGACGGAUGCGACUUUGUCCCGGGCAAGACCCGCGUCUUCGGUGCGGUCCAGGGCGCCUAUGGCGAAAAAGCCAAAGCGGACUUCUGGCAGCUGAUGGAGGUCCCUGAAGGGAUCUCGCUUGAGCAAGCUUCGGGACUGUUCAUCACGUGGCCCACGUCGUACGCCGCACUCAAGUUCCGAGCUGACGUUCAACCCGAUGAGUGGGUGCUCGUCCACGCCGGAGCCGGUGGCGUGGGCAUCUGCGCCAUCCAGAUCGCCAAAGCCAUGGGUGCCAAAGUCAUCGCCACCGCCGGCUCCCCUGACAAGCUCAAGGUGUGCAAAACCGUCGGUGGCGCCGAUUUCGCCGUCAACUACCGCGACAAGGACUGGCAGGACCAAGUCAAGAAGAUCACCGAAGGUCACGGAGUCGACGUCGUCUACGAUCCCGUCGGCAUGAUCAUCCCUUCGCUCAAAGUCAUUGCUUGGAACGGUCGAAUCAUUGUCGUCGGCUUCGCGGCGGGUACCAUCGAGAAGAUCCCCGCCAACUUGAUCCUGCUCAAAAACGUAGCCGUGACCGGUGUUCAUUGGGGAGCGUAUGUGCGGAACGAAGCCGACAAGAUCGGCGAAACCUGGGAAGCUCUGCUCGACAUGUUCAAGACGAAAAAGGUCACCCCGACCGUGUUUGAGCACAUCUACGAGGGUCUUGAGAGCGUGCCUCAGGGACUGAAGGAUCUGGCGGAUAGGAAGACUUGGGGUAAGGCAGUGGUAAGGAUUCGCGCCGAUCCACAGUUCCCCCCCAAGGGCAAGCACAAGCUUUGA